AUACAUAGUCCUGCGUUAGUUCUGUUGUUCUAUUUCAUGUGGUCGAUCGUUUUGAUCGUGUCACCCAGACCCUCCCUUUCAAGUUUCAACCCAACAACGCCGCAACGUUGCCUUCUUCGGAGGAACCUCACACCGCCGCCGGCGAGAAGCAGGCAGGGGCGAAGGAGGAGAAGCAGCAGCCAGCGGUGGAGGAGGAGAAGCAGCAGCCAGCGCCCAAAGUGGAGCCUAAGAAGCAGCAGCGUCAGGAGUCGAUCAAGGCGACAGCGGAGCAGAAAGGGAAGGCGCCCAUGGUGGAGGUGCCGCCACACGUUGAGGAGGAGGAGGAGGAGAAGGCGGCCAUGGCGAGGCCGGUGGUGCCGCGGGUCGUCACGCAGCUGACGCACGAGGAGAAAGAGGAGGACUGGCUGGCCAUGACGGUCACCAGGCUGCCGCGGUUCCCCCACAGGCGCCCCGGGAUAGUCCAGAAGCAAGUCAACAACAUCUGCCCAGGGGAGUGGCUCUGGCAGGCCAACAGGACCAGGUACAAAGUCAAGGAAAAGAAGUCCGAGAAGCGCGUGGGCGGCCUGAAAGGCAUGUCGACGGAUGACGAGGACUCCGACUCCGACUGAGUUCGAAGAGGAGCUCGGGAGCGACUCCAACAAUGGUGCAACAACGGGAGAAAGGAUAUUUUGGCGUUACCGAUGAGGAGAAGCGUCAGGAAAAGGGGUAGCAAGAGAAAGAGAGGUUGAAGAUAGUGAUCAUGGAUGGGCAUUCCAUGAGUUUGAGUCAAAUAAAAAACCCGGAAAAUAACUUAUGAGGUUGAUGUUGUGCUACCCAAUAAUGGUUUUGGAAUGUUGCAUCUCUGCUACCAAUUGCCACCAUGCAUCUCAAGUUUAUGUUUUGCAGGAACUA